UGCAGCAAAAUCGCGCCAUCACCAAACAAAGCCCAACGGUACCUAGGGAAUUAGCGCGACGGCCAUCUAUCGAUAAGCUAGUGCUUGCGCUCAGUUAUAUUGCGAAAUUCACGUCUCGUUGCGCUCUUCUCGAGGAAUACCAAAGUAUCCGUGCCUCUAGAAGAAGAUCAUCGCAAUCAUGACGCUUGCCGAACACCCGAUCGAGACUCCGCCGCGGGCACCUUCGCCAGUGCAUAGGUUUGGAACUUUGGCCGUGCAUGCUGGCAGUCCGCAUGACCCUGUGACAGGCGCAGUCAUUGAACCGAUCUCACUCUCCACCACCUUUGCGCAGACCAGCCUAGGAAAGCCAGUUGGACAGUACGAGUAUUCAAGAUCCUCGAACCCGAACAGAGACAACUUUGAACGUGCGAUUGCCGCUCUGGAGCAUGCUCGCUUUGCCCUCGCCUUUUCCUCCGGCUCCGCGACCACAGCGAACAUUCUGCAAUCCCUCGCCGCAGGCUCUCACGUUAUCUCUGUGUCAGAUGUCUACGGUGGCACGCACCGCUACUUCACCAAAGUCGCACUCACCCACGAUGUGAAGGUCACAUUCAGCCCUAGCAUCGAAAUUGACAUCGCUGAGCUCAUCACCCCCGAGACGAAGUUGAUCUGGAUCGAAUCGCCCUCCAAUCCUACCCUGACGCUUGUGGACAUUAGGAAGGUUGCCACAAUCGCGCAUCAGCACGGCAUCCUGGUCGUUGUCGACAAUACCUUCCUCUCGCCAUACGUGCAAAACCCGCUCGACCACGGCGCUGACAUUGUCGUCCACUCUGUGACCAAGUACAUCAAUGGCCACUCGGAUGUGGUGAUGGGCGCCGCGGCGUUCAACUCGCAGGACAUCUACGAUCGCCUUUCCUUCCUUCAAAACGCUCUCGGUGCCGUCCCCUCAGCCUUUGACUGCUGGCUCGCCCACCGUGGUCUCAAGACCCUGCAUCUCCGCGCCCGCGAAGCCACCAAGAACGCGACCGGCGUGGCAACUGCGCUCAAAAACUCACCACACGUCGUUGCGGUCAAUUACCCUGGUCUUCCCUCACACCCGCAGUACGCUGUAACCCAGAAGCAGCAUAGGGAUGCGAUGGGCGGCGGUAUGCUUUCUUUCCGCAUCCGUGGCGGCCACGAGGCUGCUGAGCGAUUCUGCCAGGCCACCAAGAUCUACACGCUUGCUGAGUCCCUGGGUGGCAUUGAGUCUCUCGUUGAGGUGCCAAGCGCGAUGACUCACGGUGGCAUCCCACGCGAACAACGCGAGGCUGCGGGCGUGUUCGACGAUCUUGUUCGCGUCAGCUGCGGUAUCGAGGACGAGGCCGAUCUCGUGGCUGAUGUGCUGCAGGCGCUGGAGAAGGCCGUCGUUGGUCCCAAGAUUACGAAUGCGCUUACAAGCAAUGGCAACGGUCAUGCUUGAGCUGGUUGGGAAGAAGAAGUUCGAAAAGCUGCAUGAAUUAUGACGGUUCUACAAGUGAAGACCAUGGCGUUAUGGAGCACAAUAUGAGCGGCCAGGAGACGGCCGGCUGAUGGGUCACAUUAGGGUAUCAUUUCUGCUGUUUGCAUGAUUGCGAGAAGUAAUAGAUACCAAAUGCACUUCUUUUCAUUCGUGAGCCAAUCAUUCUGAGCCAUAUUAACCUUUAAUGUAACUGCACCUGUCCAAU